AGAAGAUAGACCACAUUCUUGCAUCCCCGAAAAUGUCUUUCAAGGGCAAAACUGUAGCCGUUACUGGUGCCGCAUCUGGCAUCGCACUUGCGCUCACGAAAGUCCUCGCCCAAAGAGGUGCAAAUCUUGCAUUGGCGGAUGUUCAGAAAGCCAACUUAGACAAAGUUGUGAGCGACCUCAAAGGUCAAGGCGUAGAAGUCAUCGGCACAGUUGUGGAUGUCUCCUCCAGCGAUGCAGUCGACAGGUGGAUUGCCUCCACGGUGGAACAUUUCGGCAGUCUUGAUGGCGCCGCAAAUAUUGCGGGCAUUGAGCUGGGGUUCACCAACAUCGCGGACCUGAAGAACGAGACAUGGGACCGGAUGAUUGCCAUCAAUUUGACGGGUCUAAUGUACUGUGUGCGAGCACAAAUCCGAGUCAUGAAACGGGGAGCAAGUAUCGUGAAUGCUUCCUCGCUUUCCGGGAUCACGGGAAGGCCAGGUCUGGGGGCAUAUGUUUGCUCCAAGCAUGGCGUGGUUGGACUGACCAAAACGGUUGCGAAAGAGGUUGGAUCGCAGGGUAUUCGAGUCAAUGCCGUUGCUCCUGGUCCUAUUGAGACACCCAUGCUUGACAGUUUGCUUGCAGGAACAUCGUCUUCUACUUCAAGUCAAACUACGAACACCUACUCCAGUUUGCCUUUGCAGAGGAAAGGCCAAGCUGACGAGGUUGCCAUGUUGAUUGCCUUCUUGCUCGGCGACGAAGCGUCUUUUAUGACUGGCGCCGUCGUCCCGGUGGACGGCGGCGCUGCAGCUUAGCCGGCCUCUUAGCCAUCUGGGAUAACCCAGCCUCAACAGCGAUUUCAGACUGUUAUCAAAGUUAUUGUGCCAUGUACCAAGAAUACUCGUACUUUCCGAAUAAGCCAAUUGCGCCUAGGCUAUGAAUCAGUGAUUCUUGGACGGUAUCAUCGACCCUCUUCAACGUCAG